AGGUCGAGGGAGUGGAUCACAUUUACUGCAGAAGGAGUGAGGCACACGGGAAGGUUUUUUUUUCUCUCGCUGCAGAGUGGAGGUUUCUUUGAAACACCCGAAGUAAUCUCAAAUAAAUCUGACCCACAGACGAGAGACUGCGAUUAAAAAGGAGAAGAAGAAAAAUAAAUAAAUAAAUAAAUCAGGAUCCAUCCCUGUAGGACUUCUGGAGUGCAUUACCUCCCAGUAUCCUGUGGUCUUCCCCCAGUGUCACAAAAUGAGCCUUAGUGCCACUGAGCUGGAGGAGUUGUGGGAGUCCUUUGGAGAGCUGAAUGUCUCUGACAGCUUCAGCAACAUAUCAAGAGUGGAUGUGAUGGUGUGCACCACAGCUUUUAACCGCACUGCUCUGCUGUACUCCAUGUGCGUCCUCUACUCUUUUAUCUUCAUUAUCGGACUGGCUGCCAAUGGUCUGGUCCUCUGGGUGAACAUCCGUGCCCAAAGAGACUCCACGCCUCGCCAUGAGACGCAUAUGUACAUUGCUCACCUAGCGGUUGCAGAUUUAUGCGUGUGCAUCACUCUACCUGUGUGGGUGAGCUCCCUGGCCCAACAUGGCCACUGGCCAUUUGGCGAAGUGGCAUGCAAGCUCACGCACCUGCUAUUCUCUGUGAACCUCUUUGGCAGCAUCUUCUUCCUGGCCUGCAUGAGCGUGGACCGCUACCUAAGCGUGACGCAGCACAGAGAGGAGGGAGGCGCUCGCAGGAAGUUGAUCCGUCGAGCUGCAUGUUUUGGGGUGUGGCUUCUGGCUUUGGUGGCGUCUUCUCCUGAAACCUACUUCCUGCGUGCUGUGAAGUCGGUGCACGGAGACACUAUGAUGUGCAGGCCGGAGUAUCCAGAGGAAAACCACAGGGAGUGGAUGGUGGGAGUGCAGCUCAGCUUCAUCCUGCUGGGCUUUGUUCUUCCCUUUCCUGUCAUUGCAGUGUUUUAUGCCCUACUAGCCAGAGCUUUCAGUCGCUCUUCUUCCUCAUCUUCAUCAUCUUCCCAUUUGGAGCAGGAGCGCCGUGUGAGCCGCAGGGUAAUUCUGGCCUACAUUGUGAUUUUCCUGGCCUGCUGGGGGCCCUAUCAUGCUGCUCUGCUGGUUGACGCACUGUCACAACUGGGUCUGGUGCCACUGACUUGUGGCCUGGAGAACAUGCUCUAUGUGGCCUUGCACCUCACCCAGUGCCUGUCCCUGCUCCACUGCUGUUUCAACCCCAUUCUCUACAACUUUAUCAAUCGAAACUACCGCUACGACCUCAUGAAGGCCUUCAUUUUCAAAUACUCAACUCGAACGGGCUUGGCACGUCUUAUUGAGACUAAUAACAUGUCAGAGACUGAAUACUCAGCUGUAGAAAACCCACCACUGAUCUGAUCUCAGUGAGCAGCAUAUGAACUUGUGCUCCGCUUGAUUUAUCUGCUCUAAACCAAUCGAGCAUCGUUUUCACAGACAUCUGCUUUAAACCUAGAAAGACUUGAAUCAAAAAGCACUUAAAGCAGUUUAUAAUAGCAGCUGAUUUACAAAUCAUUGUAGAUGAAAAGCCAAAAUUGAGUGUAAAUUGUAUGAAAUCAUUGUUUUUUUAUUAUGUGUGUAUGCUCUGUGGAUAAUGCGUGUGUAGUGUGAGUGAUGUAUAUUAUCAGCAGAAUAAUAUCUUUGUAGUCUAUCUACUUUUGUGUAUUUAUGUACAUUUACACUGUUUGUCUUUUUUCUGUCAUAAUGCAAACUCUUCGCACAAUUUCUCAUAUUGUAAAACAUUUCCUCAUCAUUUGCAGCUGAGCCGCUAUCUGGCUCCAUUGCUUUUGUCCUGCUGCCACAUUGUGAAUUACAACCUCAUUUUAGCCAGCUGAAGCCUUCAGAAAAAGGAUUUUCUUUUUUAAAAUCCAAAAGACAUGUUUUUACUUUUUCAAUAAUUUUUUUGUAGCUGUUGCUUAAGUAUUUAUAGCCCUCUUUUGUCUGCAAUUUGAUUAUGAAGCUUCAUCUCUGAAGCAUCAGAGGUUAUGAAGCAUUAGCUUUAGGUUAGCUUGCUAGCUUAGCUAAAGUUAGGUUACCAUACCUUCACUUGUCAAUCUAGCUUGAACGUGUGGUAUUUUAUUUUGGUUAUUAUUCUCUGUCUUUGCACAUAAAGCUCAACAUUAACGCAAAAAUAGUUUAAAUGUUUGUAAAAUUGCAUUUUCUACUUAUAAACAACAAUGACAACAAUGUUUAUAUUGAAGAUAUUUUAAGAUGGUGAAAAUGCUCUGUGGCUUUGGUCUCUCCCAUUCUUGAUCCAUUUUCUGAAACUCAUCAAUCUGGAUUUAUACCAAAUGAAAACAUCAGUUCAUAUAUUAACUCCUUAUAAGCCCUUAACAAAACCUUUGUUCAAAAAAUGUUAACUAUUUUAUUUUUUUCUGCUUUUUUGGACAUAAAUCUUCUCCACUUUUAUCUGUAGGCUUCUGCUGAGACUACUGAUAUUAUAAAGCAAGAAUUAAAAAGCUCCAGAUGUUACUGAAUACUCCUUUAUUACAUAAUACUGUCUGUUUUGUUAUGUCAGUAAAUUAUAUUAUUGUAAGUUGUGGCAGUUACACAUGUCCAUGUGUUAAUAAUCCUUCUUUGUCUGCACACAGGCCACAGACACAGUUCAUGACCUAAUAACAUUAAUAAGUAGCUCGCAUCCUGUAAUGGAGGCUGCAGCUGCAGUGAACAGCUUUACAAUAUUCCUGUUUGAGAUCAAAUUGCAUAAAUAUCAAAGUACUAAUUCAGAUUUGAUUGUUUAUCAGUACAUGAACCAAAAGCUUGACACCAAGGGAUAAUGUUUAUGUGUUCUAAGUAUUGAGAGAUACACUUUGUUCACUGUUAUUUUGAUAUGCUGCCAUAGUGGGUUUGUGUUACACUUGUAUGCCUUUUGCAAAGAUUUUAUGUAGGAUACGAAAAGAGCAGAGACACAAACAUGUUUUUGUAAGACAACAAGCAUUCCCUUUGCAUUGUAAUGUAUAGCAUGUAUUUUGUUAUGUAAUAAAAACAGAAAAAAA